AUGACGGAGACGGACGGAGCGACGGAGACGGGGCGAAACCGACGAGCGAUGUUAUCGAUGGGGAUGUUCACCUCGCUCGCGUCGUUGGGUGGGGCGAGAGAGGCGCGCGCGGCGCAGCCUACGCUGCCGAAGGAGCUCACGGAGCCGGAUGAAAUCUUUAGCGAAGACUUCAACGUAACCUUUGCGGGAUUAGAGGUCGAUCACAAGGACUUGAUCUACGCCUUGGUCGUCGGCCAGACGAUCGGCUUCAUAGGGUCCACCGUAUCUGGCUUCACCGCUCGAAAGCGAGCGAAGGAGAUCGAGCGACUGAACGCGACGCUGCUAAAGGUGAACAAGGAGGUGCGUAAAGAGCUUCGCUCAAGCCAAGGUCGCAAGGUGGCGACGCCCAUGGACUCCACCGACGACGGCUCGAGCGAAGUCGUCGUUGAGAUAAUCUCGCUGCUCAAGAGUGGAAAGUCCAAGCUCAAGGCGCAAGCGGCGGACGAGGCGAAGGCGACAUUCACAAAGGCGCUCGCGCUCAUCGAGAACAACCAAAGCGCUCUGAAGGAGCCGUGGAAAGCGGUCCGCAAGGCAGAGCGUGGUUUGGGCGCGGCGGCUUCGCGUUUGGGUGAGUACGAACAAGCAUUGACGCAUAUGAAGAAGGUGUUGGCGUUGAGCACCGAACACGGUGAUACUUCCGUCGCAACGGAUGCGUACGGCACGAUUGCCGAUCUGUACGCCGAGUUAGACCAAAUCGAGGUCGCGUCGGAUUGGUACGACAAGUACUUCGAGUCACUCGCGCUCGAGGAUGAGAAGGAGAAGGCGGAGAUCGCCGCAUCAAAGGUGACGCGUUAG